AUGGCUUCUAGCAGGCUUCUCAUCCUAUGUUUCCUGGUUGCUCUUACUCUCUCCUACAGCAUGGAAGCUACCAUGGCCCGGCGCCUCUUGAACAUCCCUGGGUUCCCCAACAUGGGUAAUACCUUCCCAUUGCCUACACUACAAUCUCCACCAUUGCCCACAUUCCCACCAUAUAGCGCAACCCCUUCAACCGGAACAGGACUUCCGUUCUUCCCUUUCCCUACCCCAUCAACUCCAUCGUUCCCCAGGAUCUUUACUCCUCCAGCCACCGGAACCACCAACCCUUGA